AUGUUCAAACUAUUACUUGUCAUUACAUGCCGAUUCAUUCUUGUGAAUUCGAACGAGAAUGUUUUAAAACGAGCAGGGGAAGGAUGGGCAGCUGCUGCUAAUCAGUACAAGUCCAUUGUUGGGACGCAUGGAAUGCCAUGGGCGUUUGCAAAAACUCUGUGUGAAUCGAAAGGGGCAAAAUUGGCGUCAAAAGGUAUUCGAGAUCCAAUGGUACGAGAUUAUCUAUACAAAUAUUUUAUACCGAACGGGCCUAUGAGGGUAUGGAUUGGAUUGACUGAUUCCCAACAAGAAGGUCAGUGGAGGUGGCUCGACACUCCAUGGAAGUUUUCAUACCCGAAGAACCUUACUCCAGAUAGAGAUUGUGCCAGUAUGGGGAAGCCUGGCGGUGGUGGUCAAAUUAUGGACUCUCCAUGCAAAAACAGAUAUUUGCCACUUUGUGAACUCGAACCAACAGCAUUCGUUGCGUUAUAA